AAAUGAAAUAAAUGUUAAAACACAAAAAGACAUUAGAAAAGAUAAAAUGCAAUAAGUAACGUAAAUUUUGGAAGGGGCACUUUAAGUUAAGAUAAUUCUAGAUAAUCGCUUAGAACUUAAAGAAUAUAAAUUGCAAAAGAACUGUGCGUACGUUCUUCUAAGCACGUAGUUCAAAGUCUAUUGUCUACAUAUACAUAUAUUGUCGAGGCAACUUUUAUUUGGAACCACAUCGUAGGCUACUAAGGCAAAUAAGUAAAAUAAGUUACAUUUACUCGUUACAUUAACUUACAUCGGAAGAUGGACGUGGCAUUUGAAAGAAAUCUUUUCGUACGUUCUGAGUACCAAUCAUGUCAACUUUUCUUCCCGAAAGUGAAAACUUUUUCCAUCAUUUUCAAUAGGAAAAACUUCACUUUUCACAUGUUUGCUUUAAGAAAAAAAAAAAAAAAAUUAACAUAUUGCUUGGUACUUUAAUCAUUUUCAACGAUAAUCCGAUUUUUCAACAACUCGUUUAAAAUCUGGGUUACGGUGUGUGACAUCUUGCGUGUAGAUCCUGAUCCUGAGAAUCGACACUUUGCUUUACAUUUUCGCGUCAAGAUUCGCGCGAGUAAGUAACAUUACGGAGAUCUAACAGGGGAAUUAAGCUUCUUAACGCGCGCAGAAAUGCCUUGAAGAGGAAUUCAGUGUUAUUGCCCGGAUGCGACUGAUGAUUAUCCGGCCAGUUGCACAAGAUUGCAAUUUGCACGUGACGAAUAGAUUUCGUCGCCGUGAGUCUGUGAUACAAGGUCGCAUUCCGGUGUGUGCCAUCACUUCUGUAUCAUCUCUUAUCAAAAUAAAAACGUGGACGCUAACGAUUGGGCUAAAUCGAUACCAAGCCCGGAAGAUCCGUUUCUUAAAACUCAUCUACGGAGCUACACAACCGCAGAACUCAACGAUCUAUUUCGGGAGGAACACAGCCGAUCUUCGCGUGAAGGAAAGAACAAGGCAUAAUGAUCGUGGUCGUGGUGACAGUGGUGAUCUUGACUCUUUUUCUUAUUACUGCGUUACGACAGAGAUCGAACUGUCCGCCAGGUCCCUUUCCCUGGCCAUUUAUUGGAAAUCAAUAUUAUUUACAAAAAUUGUCACGUGAACUUGGCGGACAGCACUUAGCCUUUCAAUAUCUCAGCAAAAAAUACAACAGUGGCAUCCUAAGUUUACGGUUGGGUAAUCAGGAUAUAAUCGUUGUCACGGACAGCAAAAUAAUUCAUGAAAUAUGUGUCACCGAAGAAUACGAUGGGCGUCCUUGGAACGAAUUUACAAAAUUACGAAACAUGGGACUGAGGAAAGGAAUCACGAUGAACGACGGCCCGGAGUGGAGAGAAUUGCGUCAUUGGACGGUACGCACCCUGAGAAAUGUUGGUUUCGCCAAGCGGGAAAUGAUGGAACUGCUCGUGGAUGAGCUCGCGAUCAUCCUGGAGAAAUUGAAGAGCAACAACGUGCAGUGUAUACGACCUGUGAUUGCGCCCGCUGUGAUAAACGUUCUUUGGAUGCUGGUCACAGGGAAGCGGCCAUCCGAGGAUCUUUCAAGGUUGCAGACUUUCAUAAAUCUGUUGGAGCGCCGUGCUCAAUGUUUCGAUAUGACCGGCGGACUUUUGGCCAGUUUCCCCUGGCUACGUUACAUCGCGCCGGAAAUGUCGGGAUACAAUCUCCUCGUUGCAUUGAACAAUGAGCUCAAGGACUUCGUAAUAGAUACGAUCAACGAGCAUAAAAAACGAUACAUUAAGGGAAGCGAAAUGGACUUCAUCGAUAUGUUCCUUUAUGAGAUGUACUCGCAGCAAGACAAUAUCGUAUUUUCAGACGAGAAUCUGCUCGUGACGCUGAUCGACUUUUUCAUCGCUGGCACGAAUAAUACGGCGGCGACAUUGGACAUUCUCUUCUUGCAGAUGGCCAAUUAUCAGGACGUGCAGCGUAAACUACACGAGGAGAUCGACACCGUGAUUGGUUCCAGAUUUCCCGUUAUAGAGGACAGAGUGAAAAUGCCAUUUACUGAGGCGAUAUUAACCGAAAGCCAACGUCUAUGGCUCGUAACACCUAUAAUCGGACCACGUCGCGUUCUCGCCAAUACGAUUCUCGAUGGCUACAAGAUACCGAAGAAUGCCAUUAUUCUUAUGGACGCAUAUUGCAAUAACAUGAAUCCAGAAUUUUUCCCCGAACCGACUUCAUUUAAACCAGAGAGGCACAUUCUUAAGGAUGGCACUCAUAAACCACACGAAAAUAUUUUAUUAUUUGGAAAAGGAAAGAGGAGAUGUCCCGGAGAAGCUUUGGCAAGAUCGGCUAUGUUCUUAUUGUUCGUUGGGGUAAUGCAAAAGUAUCGGCUGCUUCCGAUGCCAGGUGAAAAAUUUAUUAAAAUGGAAUUAAGCGCCGGAUUGACAAUUGCACCAAAGCCUUAUGAAAUGUUAAUUCUUCCAAGAUAAAAUUUCGUUUAACAAUAUUUAUCUAACGAAAUAAAAAGUACCUAGGUUCUUGUUUGAAAACAAUUUUAUCAAAAAUCAACACAUUUUGACAAAAGUUAUAUCAUUUUAAUUGAUUUUGUUAUGUUUUCCAUUUGUAAACAUUGAUUAGAGAAAAAAAGGAGACAAACAGAACUACAAUUGUAACAUAUUUUAUGUAAGAAGUUUUUCAUAUAUUUGUUUUUUAAAUAUUAGCUAAUGUAUACAGAGUGGUAUACCCUAUAAAAAGUAUAAAUAUAAAAAGUAUAAAAAUUUACUGCAGUGAUGUUAAGUUAUGUAUGAAUGUAAAAACAUUGACAUUGUUAAUGAUUAAAAAAUUAUAUAUGAUAUAUUAAA